AUGGCGGGCUCGGCAGAGAUACAGCGUGCUUUUCUAUCUGCAAAGCGAUUCGCAGUCAUCGGAGCGUCAAAGAAUCCAGAUAAGUGGGGGUCAAGGGUGCUCAGAUGGUAUCAGACGCACGAUAAGACAGUGACACCAGUUCAUCCCAGAGAAAUAGAGCUUGAAGGUUUGAAGACCUUUGAGACACUUGAAGCUGUUCCAGAACCGUCUGAAACGGCUGUCAGCGUCAUCACACCUCCAGCAGUCACACUAGGCAUUCUAGAAUCCGCGAAAUCGCUCAACGUACCGUACGUCUGGCUACAACCUGGUGCCGAGAACGACGAAGUGCGCAAAUACGUGGAAAGUGCUGGUCUUACCGAUCGUGUUGUCCUUGGAGGACCAUGUGUUUUGCGUGACGGGCCUGCGAUCCUGAGAAAUUUGGGGGAGGAGUCAAAGUUGUGA